AUGGAGAACAUCAUUUUAAACUGUUUUCCAGCAACUAACUCAUUUUACCGUAACACUAUCGAGCAUGUAAUUGAAAACGUAAGUGAUGCUUUUAUGGAGGAAGGUUAUGAUGAAGAUAUGUUACGUCAAUUGAAAAUGUUAUGGAUUAAUAAAAUCGAAAAUCAUCACCGCAAUCGGAACCAGGGCGAAAUGAGUUCGCCAAAUGCAAAAGAAAGCGAUUUAGAAGAUACGAAUAAACCAGAACUCGAUGAAACCACGAUGGACGCGUUAAAAUGUUUACCACCGAAUAUAACCUCAAAAGUGGUUCAAUCCAACUUUGCGAAAAAUGUUUUAUCGCCGAAACCAAUAGAUAUAGUUGAAAAGAAAGUUAUUAUUCCACAAAAAUCAGACGAUUUGGAUGAAACCGAUGAUAGUGAUGAUUCUUUAGACGAAUCAAGCGAUACUAUUGAAGAUACUAAAGAAGAUAUCAACAGCGAAGAAAGCUUAAAUUCAGAGGAUGAUUACACCGACGACGAUGAAAAUGAAGAUCCUUUUUAUACUGAAAAUUUAAUUUUGUGCCAAUAUUCUUUUGUUGAUCAUACGAAGAAUCGGUGGCGAUUUAAUUUUUCUAAUGGGAUAAUGUGCUUAAAUGGUGAGGAAUAUGUGUUUUCCUCAGCUAAAGGAGACGCUGUAUGGUGA